GUCUCUGUCUCUCAGCCUCACACUUCCUCUCCAUCCCUCCUCCAGCAGCAGCUUCUCCUCAGACAUGGAGAGCUGGUAGAAGCGCAGCGGCGGCGGCGGCUCUCCCCUCCUCGCUCCGAUGGAUGUUGGAUGUACCAUGCGGUCACCGCGGCUCUGGGCAGCUCUGUGCCUCCUCCUCCUCACCGCCUCUUGCCGGCUGUGCUCGGCCGCCCGACACGGUUGCUUGUUUGAGAAGAAGCUGUGUCCCAGAGAUCAGCUGUGCAAUGAUGAUGGUUUGUUUGGACAGUGCCAGGCUCCUCAUCAGGAACCCGUCCAGUAUCAGGUGUCUGUACCCGUCCUGCACAAACUGCAGGAAGUCCUCAAAGACCUGAUGGUUCAAGGUCUUAACUGGAAGGACGACAUGACCCAGGCAAUCAUCAGCCGAGAGCUGAGCCAAGUUCCCACCGUUGAAACCCACUCUAAACUUAGUGAGAAGUCACCCAAACUGUCCUCCAGGUUGCUGGGCCCCAGUCCACAGAGGGAUCAGGGUCCUGAAGAUCAAGCUGACCCCAAGAUGAUGCAGCAGUAUGUGGACUACAUGGUCCUCAACCCCUCCCGGUCUUCUGUCCACAUGCAGACACCCCUGCUGGACCCAUACACCUACCACAAGCAGCAGUACGGCUACCAGGAGGAGGAGGAGCGCUCCCUCAACUCUCUGGAUGAUAACCGGGCCCUCCCGUUCCAUCCCUCCUCCUAUCGCUCCAGAUCUCGAGGAAGUCCUCUGGACCGAGACCGGCAGCUCCUCCAGGAUCUAGUGUCCUUUUACCUCACUUCCCCUUCCUCCUCUUCUUCUUCCUCUUCCUCACCUGUUCAGUCUCUUCCCCGCCACAGAGGAGCAGUAGCAGCAGCAGCAGCUGGCCUCCCAUCCUCACUGUCCUCCUCAUCUUCUUCCUCCUUUUUCCCGGAGCUGGACUUCCCUCUGGACUAUGGUGAGGACUACGUUUCCCAGGUUGCACAGCAGGAGCCAGCAGAGAAGAAGGCACAGGAUGAGUACGAUGCCCUGUCAGAACUGGAUGAGCGUUCACUGCAGAGGCUGGCUCUGCUGCUCGAUCACUACGGUCUCGACAUGAAGGACUUGUCCCCCGAACAGAAAGAAGAUCUGCCCGCCGCUCUGAAGCAGCUGCAGCUGGAGAGCUCCUACGCCCAAAAGGAAUCCAAAGAUAAAUACGGGAACAAUGCUGCUACAGGAAAGAAGGUCUCAGAGGGCUCAAUGGCCUAUAAAAUGUCACCUCAGGAGGCUCCACCCUCCAACGCCAAGCCUCCGACACCAGAGGGAGUCCAGAAAGAGGCAACACCCACCACAACAGUCAAUCAGGACAAACUGGGGAAGAAGGAUCCAGCAGGUCAGGUGGACGAAUUUGGCUACAUCGUCACCAAUCAGAGCCCCCUCAGUCUGAACGACGGGGUGCGACUGCUGGAGCUGCUGUCGGAGAGGAUUGGCCUCUCCACCAACUCCUUCAUCAGAAUCAGUGUGGUCGGACCUGCAAUCACCUUCAGGAUCAGACCCAACGCCAAGAACCUGACAGCCGCCGACGUGGCCGACAAAGCUGUUGCAGAGAAGAACUUCCUGGAGUCUGAGACGGGCUUGAAGGUGCUGCAGAGUGGUGUUGGAGAGAAGAAUAAUGGGAAGUCUUUGCCCUUGGCGACCAGAGUCCAGCCCCGCUCCCGCUGGGUGUUUGCAAUGCUGGUGGCCAUGGCCUGCAUCGGCGGCAUCCUGGUGGCGGCCAUGACCAUCACCUGCCUGCGUCACCAUGCACACCGACUGGCGGCAAAGAAGCUGGGUCUGGGACCAGAAGGAGGCAGCUUCAGCCACCAGGAGUACCAGGACCUGUGUCGCCAGCAUAUGGCCUCCAAAGGUGCCUUUGGACGCCUUGAAGCUGCCGCCCUGGGUGCUGUGGGAGGAGCAAGUGGAGGAAGUGGAGGAGGAGGUGGAGGAAGUGUUGCGGGAGGUGCAGUGGGAGGCGGAGGUACAGAUUCGAGAGUGAGCAGCGUUUCGUCCCAGUUCAGCGACGGCGCCCAGCCAAGCCCCAGCUCCCAUAGCAGCACGCCCUCCUGGUGUGAGGAGCCAGCUCAGGCCAACAUGGACAUCUCUACUGGUCACAUGAUACUGGCUUACAUGGAGGACCACUUAAGGAACAAGGACAGGCUGCUGAAGGAAUGGGAGGCUCUGUGUUCCUACCAGGCCGAACCCAGCGCUGUCUCCGUGGCUCAGAGCGACACCAACGUGAAGAAGAAUCGCUGCCCUGACUCGGUGCCCUGUGAGUUCCUCAACAACUUCACUCCCAUCAGCAUUAAGUAUCCUAUGGUGUGGGAGAAUGGAUGCACUGUGAUCGUGAUGAUGACAGCUCUGGUGGAGGAUGGAGAGAAACAGUGUGACCGCUACUGGCCUGAUGAAGGCUCGUCCCUCUACCAUAUCUAUGAGGUGAACCUGGUGUCGGAGCACAUCUGGUGUAACGACUUCCUGGUUCGAAGUUUCUACCUAAAGAACGUGCAGACGCAAGAGACCCGGACACUCACUCAGUUUCACUUCCUCAGCUGGCCAGCUCAGGGCAUCCCUACCUCCACACGCCCCCUGCUGGACUUCCGCAGGAAGGUGAAUAAGUGCUACAGAGGACGAUCCUGCCCCAUCAUCGUGCACUGCAGUGAUGGUACAGGACGGACCGGGACUUACAUACUGAUUGAUAUGGUUCUGAAUCGCAUGGCUAAAGUUCCUUUAACUUCGGGGAGUACCAAUGGAAAAUUGGCCUUUUCUCUUUUCCAGGACCAGUUUGAGUUUGCACUGACUGCAGUCGCUGAGGAGGUGAAUGCCAUCCUCAAAGCUCUGCCCCAGUGAAACCAGUAUCGAGCAGGGCUGCCUCCAGUCUGAUGAACGGACCCCAAUGACUUGACCCACGCGCUUAACUUGUAUCCUACCUUUCUUUUUCUGUCUACUGACAAACAACAGCAUUAAUAAGAGUCACAGAGACUGAAGAUUUUAGCAAGGAGUUAAUCUGAACCUUCAGGAGAAAGAAGUAAUGAAAAAUAAACCUGGAUCAUGUGGCUAUUGAAAGUGGUUUUCAGUUUUAAAUCUGAUCAUCUACCUGUUGAAAUCCAAUCUGAAAGUGUUGUAGCUGUUGAAAUGAAUUGACUUUUGCCUCAAGGAAUAAGCUAAAUUUAAAAUACAUAUUUAUGUCUACAUGUAUUUGAAAGCAUCUGAAUGCUCUAAAAGUGUUGUAAUGCAGUGUGAAGACUGACAUUUAAUUUCCUCUCCUCACACAACUAACAUCCUUUGUGCCAUUUGGAUUGUUUUGUCUCUAAAUAUUGUUUGUUGCCUCACGCAAGAUAAAAUAAAAUCUUAAAAAAAAGAAAGAAAAGAAACUAUUCUAUGAGAAAAAAAUAAAAGCUAUUUUGUAUCUGUAAGACCUUAAAUAAAUCUUUUCGUGUGUAAGUGCUGCAAAUA